AUGGAACUGUUUGACAGUGCUGCUGGGAUCCUACCACCAGCUCUUGCUCCCAAUACACCAACUGGCAGGACGGACAGACACGAUAUUCUAGUUUUAAAAUGUGAGGCUGUGGACAGGUUUGUGAAGUUCCAGAAGACAUGUCAGAGCAAGACCAUGCUGUCACUGGUAGGAGCUGGAGGAUGGAAGUAUCAAGAGUGCCAGAAGACAUGUCAGAGCAAGACCAUGCUGUCACUGGUAGGAGCUGGAGGAUGGAAGUAUCAAGAGUGCCAGAAGACAUGUCAGAGCAAGACCAUGCUGUCACUGGUAGGAGCUGGAGGAUGGAAGUAUCAAGAGUGCCAGAAGACAUGUCAGAGCAAGACCAUGCUGUCACUGGUAGGAGCUGGAGGAUGGAAGUAUCAAGAGUGCCAGAAGGACAUGUCAGAGCAAGACCAUGCUGUCACUGGUAGGAGCUGGAGCAAGACCAUGCAGGAUGGAAGUCAUCAAGAGUGCCAGAAGACAUGUCAGAGCAAGACCAUGCUGUCACUGGUAGGAGCUGGAGGAUGGAAGUAUCAAGAGUGCCAGAAGACAUGUCAGAGCAAGACCAUGCUGUCACUGGUAGGAGCUGGAGGAUGGAAGUAUCAAGAGUGCCAGAAGACAUGUCAGAGCAAGACCAUGCUGUCACUGGUAGGAGCUGGAGGAUGGAAGUAUCAAGAGUGCCAGAAGACAUGUCAGAGCAAGACCAUGCUGUCACUGGUAGGAGCUGGAGGAUGGAAGUAUCAAGAGUGCCAGAAGACAUGUCAGAGCAAGACCAUGCUGUCACUGGUAGGAGCUGGAGGAUGGAAGUAUCAAGAGGGCAUGGACUCAGUAAAUGACUUACCACCAACUGGGUAA